UAAAAGUCAUUUCAAAAUCGACUUAAAAAUUGAUUGAUUUUCUUUUUCCUUAAAAAUAAUGUAUAAGAUUUCCAAAUUUUAGCAUUGCGGAUGGUUCUCAUUUGCUAAAAAGUAUAGGCAAAUAAAGAAAAAAUAGUGGUAAAUCGAUAAAACUACUUAAACGCGUAAUGUGAGAUAAAAAUUUUAAUUACGAAAAUUAUAUUAAAAUAACAACUAAAAUUGAUAAAAAGUGCAAACUGUAGAAACUAACAAAGAAUAGGCGUUUUAAAUAAAACUUCCAAAAUUUGAUUAAUUACCAACAACACAAAUUCAACGCAUCAAUCAGCUCUCCCACCAACAUGCAGGCACAUCAUGCGAUGCCUGAUUUCCGUUGUCGUAGCACCUGUACGCACAGGGAAUGCCAACGCCAUGCCCACCUGGGCAUUGUUAAUCAGGAGGUACAGUGCAAAUGCCUCGGCGAAGUGAAUGCCUCGUCCAUUUUUCUCGAAAAUGUUUUGGAUUUGGCUAACACACUGGCGCAAAUCAUGAUCAUCUGCGGCAUACACGAAUGCAAGGCGAAGUCAACUGUCGAUGUGUCUACAUACGCUUUCCUGCACUACGAUCAGGUCUGUUACUGUAUUGAUACUACACCCAAAAAACGUUUGCGCAAGGAGGAUCUAUUUCAUGAACUCGGCAAGCGUUGCUUGAUGAAUCGCGUUGAGGCACAUCUCGCCUAUACGAUCAUCAAGCGUGGCUUUAAGGCUUUCUACUAUCAAGCGCGCGAUGAUCUGCAUCGCAAUGAUGGACGUCCCACCUUCUCUGAGGAAUGUGUUUAUGUGCAUGCCGCACGUAAGACAGCCGAAAGCUAUGCGCGUUACGACGGUUUGUCGUGCGAGGAGCAACGCGGUUUCGAGGCGAAAAUUAAAGUUGCCUACAAGAAGUUUUACGAUCGUAUGCUGACGCGUAGAAAUCAACCGGUUGGCGAAGAAUGCAAUUGUUGCUUUUGCGCUAAGAAACGUGGCCAUCUCAUCUAUGGCAAGCCGCCACCGCAGGAAAGGCCGCAGAAAAAGGAACCACAUCGCUGUCCGUAUUGUUGUCAAAAGAAGAAGAAGAAACUUAUACACGCUGGUCGUGCUAGCGUGAAAUGUCCCAAAUGUCAUCGGGUUAUGCGCUAUUGCGUAUGUCCGAAAUAUGAUUUCAAUUUGGACUGGGUGAAGAGCAUCUGGGUGCGACCAGAUAUGGAGUUGUACUAUAAAGAGACCAUUGAGGAGCGUCCACUAAUAAGGACAGGUUGCGAACCCGAAGAGCCGGAGCCAGAGGUGAAGGGCUGCGAUUCACAAGAACAAAUAAAAGAAGAAAUGGAAGAAGAAGGUGAGGGCGAAGAGGGCGAAAAUGUAAGUCCAGAUGUUCAAGCGAAUGCACCUGCGGAUGCAGAUAUCGAUGUCCUUGUGGAAGAGGAAGAGGAAGAAGGGGAAUAAACUAGAAUGAAGUGACGAUGGGAGACGAUCAAAUCAUUAAGAAAGUGGAUUACGUCGCAGGUUGGAUUUCUAACUUACGUAGAGAAAAUCAUAAUUUUUGAAUUCUUUGACUGAAUUUAGUCUGAUUUGGUAUAUAAAAGAUAUAUACACAUAUCUUCAACAAUAAUAAAAUUACAUCUAAACAAA